GUGAUUGAGGAAAUCUCUUCAUUUGUAGUUCAGUGUGAUGUAAAAUUGAAUUUGCUAUUGGUCAGUCACUGUGAAGAUGGAGCGAUUGUGUCGUGUUCUGCAUCUGUGUGUGUGUGUGAGUUGGAUCAUGCAAGACUGUAGAAGAAACAUAGAUGCCCAGAGAGAGAGAGAGAGAGAGAGAGAGAGAGAGGGAGGCGAUAAGUGAAAGUGAACAAGUGAGGGCAAACGAGAAUCCCCUCGCAUUCAGUUUUCAUCCUCAUUUAAGGAGCUGUGCAGCAGUGAAAGAGAGGAAAAGACGAAGAAUCAGAGCCACGCUCAUUCACACAGCCUCUGUCAGCAUUUCCCUUCCUCAUCACAGCUGCUUCUGAACACAGAGUCGCAGUGAAUUCAGGUGAUGGCUGAAGUGGAGCUGCUCUCCACACCCAAUAAUAUUCAGAUCAGUGAGGUGAGCUGUGACUCGUUCCGGAUCACCUGGGAAAUGGCCCAUGAGGACACGUCCCGAGUGACGCAUUACUUCAUCGACUUGAGCCGUAAAGAAGGCAGCGAGCCCAAUCGCUUCAAGCACAGAGAUGUUCCCACCAAGCUAGUGGCAAAAGCAGGACCUUUGCCAAUGGCUGUGAGAGGUCACUGGUUCCUGAGUCCUCGAACGGAGUACUGUGUCGCUGUGCAGACCGCCAUCAGACAGCCUGACGGAGACUACCAAGUGUCUGAAUGGAGCCAAGUAGUGGAGUUCUGCACUGGGGAUUAUGCCAUGGAACAUCUCCAGCAGCUGUUAGAUAAAGCUCAGGCCGCUGCUGGGAGGCUGCUCAGGUUCUCCGUGUUCUACCGCAAUCAGAAUCCUGAAUACUUCCAUUAUGUGAGAUCAGAGUGUGGAGGUGCAAUGCUCCCAUCUCUCAAAGACAGCAGUGGAAGUCACGGCUCUCCCAUCAACGGAAAGCUACGCGGCAUCUUCCUCAGCUGCAAUACAGAAUUCGACACAGGCCUCCCUCCCAAAGACUCCCCGUACGGCCCUCUGCGCUUCCAAAUUCCUGCCGAACGUCUCCUCAACGCGAGUACAAACCUCUACUUCUCUGACUUCUACUGCAUGUACACGGCUUACCACUAUGUAGUGCUGGUGCUGGCCCCUGCUGGAUCAGAGGGGGAUGACUUUUGCAAGAGCCGUCUUCCUCGACUGGACCUAACAAGCAAUCCCUUCCUGAUGUACACGGCUGGAGACGUACCCGUGUUCUGUCACGCCAGCGAUGUCAUUCUGGAGGUGAUGUUCACAGAGCCCUUGCUUCUGGAGCAUGGCGUCCUGGCUCAGAUCAGCGGCCGUCACCAGCUCAUGAGCCUCUCUACUGCCAACGCCAAAAAAGACCCAAGCUGUAAGGUGUGCAAUAUCAGUGUGGGACGAUGAACUGUGAAUGCAAGCUGUCAUAGGAAGUGCAACCGGAAAAAUACCGUACCACAGAACCUCAUUGACUCUGGUUUGGAAAUGGACGUUCUCAUCAGAACAUGAUCAAACAUUCACACUGUGGGGUUUGUUUUAAAACAUGCCAAAGGCUUUCACCGAAAGAGGUAAGAAUAAAUUAUAAGACCAUGAGAAUUGAAUGAGGUCAUGGCCUCUUGUUACGAAACCAAGCCAUAAGACCUGUGAGUCAACGGUUCAGAUCUUAAAGGGACAGUUCACCCAAAAAUGUUUCUUCAUUUACUUUGUCUUUUAAAACACAUAUUUAGAGCUGCAUGAUUAAUUGUUAAAAGGUUGCGUUCUCAAUUCAAACACUCACGUGAUCUUAUUCCUAAAUGAUGAUUCUCCUGUGUCUCUUAAACCUUUGACAAAAUAACACCAGAACAUUCAGAUCUGCAUUGGCGCUGCCGCUGAUCCAGAGAGAAAGCCUUUAUCAUGUGAACAAGUCUGUUCAACCACACAGUGUCAUUAUUUCUGUGUUACAUAUUCAUAUUCUCACAGAAGUACUGGGAUAAACGUUUAUAAUUCGGAUAUAAACACUGAUGUCUAUGGAAGUGAUCAAAAUAGAGUAAAUCGCCUUUUGAAAGUAACUCGAUGCUUCAAACAGGGCCGUAACCACCAUAGGCACUGAGGGGGACAAGUCCCCCCCCAAGAAUUGGAAAUGGCCAAAUUGUCCCCCCCAAUAUAUUAUAUUUUUUUAAUGCUACUCUGUAUUACACACUGCUCUGUUUGUUGUCAGGAUGACAGUUUAAAAAGUUACAUUUUAGGCUGAUCUGCCUCAGCAAUCUAACAGCGCUCGUCAAUGUCAAAAUGAUGGCCAAUCAGAUCAAAGAAGGCGGGGCUUACUAUUCACUAAAGGUGAGUGUGAGUUCUAACUUUUAGUACAUUGAAAGAGCAUGUGCGUGGCAAGAUAUAAGUAACUAAACAUUUAAUAUUUGACAACUGUUUUACAAUGGAUAUAACGACCCACAGUAACAUACAGAGAUACAAACUACUUUAAUGUAAUUUCACCAUUUUGAAUUGAAAAUAUGCUAUCAUUUAAAUGAUCUCAUUCAUAACUGAAUGUGAUGAGUCAAGAAACAUUUUUUUUCACAUUUUUGACAUUAGACAUACAAACAAGAGUGAAUGUGUGCAUAAUUUUAAAUAAAAUAUUAUUUGCAAAAAGUUUAAAUGGAUUACUUCACAACUAUAUUACUAUAAUGAGACCUGGAACUUCUUUUACCAUUCUUAUUUCUUCUUUAUUCCCUUAAAUCCCUUUUAAUCCUUUAAUUAUUUAAUUUAUUUAAAUAAAAAGACCCCCAACAAACAAACAAACCCCCCCAUCCCCCCAAUGUUCAAGACAUGGUUACGGCCUUAACGAUUGUGUCGAUUACACCAUUACACCAGUAGAUGGCGACAAGUGACUGUUAGAAAAAUGUAUAUGUCAUUGAAUCAUUCAUUCAAGAGAUUCGUUCAAAAAUGCUGAUUCAUCCAGUAAUGAAACAAGUGAAGUCUUUAUAAGUGAGUCAUUGAAUCAUUCACUCAAACAGUCUUUUAAAUAAUUCAGUUGAAUUAAACAUUUUAAAUAGAAUGCAGCAGUUAACAUUUUGUUGGAAUCUCUAGUAAACUACAUUAUUUUGUUUAGUUGUCUGUUCAGAAUCGUGAUCUCUCUGUUUGAAACAACAAAAUCGUGAUUCUCAGUUUAUCCAGAAUCGUGCAGCUCUACCCGUAUUAUUACAAAAAGGAGAAAAAGCACCAGAAAAGUGCUCCAUGUGACUAGUGUGAUAUAUUGAAAGUCUUCUGAAGCCAUAUGAUAACUUGUGUGAGUCUCUUCAUGUUCAUAUAAAUCCACUUCCCUAAGACUAAUCAUGUGUAAAUCAUAUUUAAUGUAAACAUGACUGAAUUGUGUAAGUGAUUCUCUUUAUUUUUAUAUCAAGUUAUUUGGGGUAUCAGAGUCUAAAAUCACCUGUAAUCAAUGUGAAUCUCAUGAGUCUUUGUGUCCGUUAAAAUAUAUAUAAAUGUUGAAUUAAUUGUACAGAAUGUUUUAACAAAAAAUAAAACGCUUCCGAGA